UUCUAUUUAUAUACAUAUAUACGGUUAUCUAUGAUGCAUUUGUAUUUACUACCAUAUUCCAUCAUUCCACGUAAUGUCGCUAGUUGCAGUAUACUGCAGAGUAGUAGGGCGGUGCCAUAUUAACACAAAUUUACUAUGUUACUAACCUUUUUCUUUCUUUCUAUCAGUAUAAUUUUCUAAGUUUUCAUAACUUAAAUUACUUUUGAUUGAAGUUGAAAUUAUUAAAUAAUUGUGUAUCGAAGAAAUAUUCUAUAAAUUAUAUUUAUUUAUUUAUUGCACUUAUUAAAAUAUCAAUAUGUGUGACGAGGAUGUAAUACGCAGAAGAUUGCUAAUAGAUGGAGAUGGUACAGGGGAUGAUCGUCGAAUAAAUAUGCUUUUAAAAUCAUUUAUUAAAUGGAUAAACAGUCCUGACGUUGACAACACGUUGCACGAAAGAAUGCUCUCGCAACUCGCCCAAUGCGAAUUCGCGCAAAGAAAAUCUAGACUGGUAUCAAACAUGAGCCAAGAAGAAUUGAAAAGUUAUAGUAAUUUAUCGAACGAUAUAGAAGUCCAAAUAGAAGAAGCCAAAAAGGAAAUAGAAAAGACAAAAAUAGAAUUAAAUGAAGCUAAACGCGUAAGAAAAAAUAGAAUAGAGUACGAUGUAUUAGCGAAAGUUAUUAAUGAGCAACCAGACAGACUGGAAACCAACGAGAAACUAGCCGCGCUGCGUCAAGAAUUAGGAAGUCUGAAGGAGAAAUCUGAACAAUUGGAGCAUAAAUUAGAAAUGCGAAGAAAACAGUUUCACGUUCUUAUAUCUUCUAUACAUUCUUUGCAAGAAAUGUUAGACGAAUGUGAAGAAGAAAUAAUGGAUAUUAGUUUAGAAAAUUAUGAAGAUACAGAUACAACUUCCAUGGGCCUUUCUUUUAGGUACAUGCCUGAUAGUUAAAGACACUCUUGUACUUCUUUCGAUUAUCUGCCCUUCGUUAUAUUCUGCCGCACACAUAUCCAAAUUUUUAAUUAUAUUUUUUGAGAUAGUAUCCGAAUAAGUUUGUUCAAUAGCAUGUAAAUAAUCAUGAUACAAUUCUCCACUCAAUAUUAACAAACUUCUACGUUCUAAUAACAAACUAAACUUCAGUUUAAUUUGUUGCGGCUAAAAAAGAACAACUAUGUGUAUGCAUUCUCGUUUAAUAUUUAAAGAUUUAUUUUACUAAGAAUAUUAUUUUGAGCAAAUUAGUAAUCAUAUACCUCCAUAAUAUCAUUGUGUUUGUAGAAAUCUAGAAGAGUAUGAGUUCCGCAACUAAUAGUAGUUACCAUUGGAUAAAAAAGUGGACCAUCUGAAUGUGCCUAUUAAAAAUCCAAAUUUCUAAAAGAUCAUUUAUAAAUAUUCGUCGAAGAAAGAAUAAUAUCUAAUUGAUUAUAUAUACACUCGCAAGUGCUUACUAUAAUUGUUACAUACCAUUAUUCCUUGACCAGGCAAAUACUCAUUAAUUAAUACAUGAUUAGGUGCCUUAUCUUUUUCAAAAACAUUUAAAGAAGUUAUUUUAUCCAUGUAAAUUCGAAGCCACUGUGUGUUGGAAGUUUAUUACUUAUUACAGUAAUUUUUUAAUGUUCUAUAACAUUACUUACACUUGGUAUUUCUUCGGCUAUCAUUCCUUUGGGAUGAGGUAUACCACCCCAAUUUUGUAAUCUUCUAUUACUCAAUUGAGUCCAUUUUGGAAGAGGAACAGUAUCAACAUGUUUCAUUAUUUGUCUUUCUUCCUCUUCGGUUAUAAAAUUUGGUAUAUAUCGUGCCAUAUCUGGAAUCUAGAUUUUACAAACUAUCAAUAUAACCUUGUUUUCCCGUCUAUAAGAAAUAAUAAUUAAAACGAACCUCUUUAACCACAUUAUCGACGAAAACACGAUCUUGCGUACUCAUUUUUCAAAAAAUAAUAAAGGAGAAAUUUAUUUAAAAUAAAAACAAUCGAGUUUAAAAUAAACUAAUCGAUAUUUGCUUUGUAGGUUACACUAAUAUCGAAAUAGAUCUCGAACAGAUAACUAUCGAAUCUAAGUUAAUCGAACUUAGUUUAUAAAUUCUGUCGUCAGAGUCGGCGCGCGCUUAUAAACGAGGUCAUUUUUAAUUUGUAAGUUUCACCUCUAGAAUAUCUCAGUUGGAAGAGGGAAAAAAGUGUCGACGUGAAACAACAAUCAUUAGUUCAACCGUCUAUAUUAUGAGAGGUUUUUUCAUUUUUCUUCUCUACAACAUUCUUUGUAAUUUACGUGUAUUUAGCACUAUGUAAAAUGAUAUAACAAUUAAAUUAUGAAACAAUUCGUAUAA